GCAUGCGCUUAACGUUCGUUCUGCUCCUGGGCCUGCUCGGCUGCCUGCUGUUCGCCCAGCAGGGACGUGGUGAUACUUCUACGACCACUGAGGCCACCACCGCGAGCUCGUCGGACUCUACCACGACGACUGACGCAUCUUCAUCUUCGGACGACGCCACAACUACCACGACCGAAGCCACAACCACUACCACUACCACUUCCUCCUCCUCAUCGUCGUCCUCCAAAGCGGCUGCCCGGCGUCGCAGGGCCGCCGCCCGCCGACGGCGCUUGGCCCGCCAGCGUCGCAGGCGUCAGCAACGCCAACGGCAACGGCGCCGCCGCCAGGAACAGCGGAGGAGGCAGCAGCAACGACGCCGGCGGAACAAUCGGCGGGGCUAGCCGUGCGGCGGUAGUCCAGACCUGGAAGCCUUGCCAGCAGAGGUCUGUUCCUUAAGCCAAAGAAAUUUCUAUCGAUAUUUUGUACUAACUUCCAGCUGCGCAGCGUUUUACU